AUGGGCGCGCUGAGCAGCCGGGUGCUGCGCCCCCCGGGGCGAACCCGAGCCCAGCCGGAGCCGGGUUCCGGGGCGGGGGGCCCGGCCCGGAGGCCGGAGGUGGGCGGCGAUGCGCCGGGCCACGGCUUCUGUGACUGCCCCGGCAGCCGCAAGCGUAAGCGGAGCAGCGGGGCCCUCUGCUACUGUCACCCCGACUCCGAGACCGAGGAGGAGGAGGAGGAGGAGGAGGAGGAGGAAGGGGACGAGCACCAGCGGCUCCUCAACACCCCGAGGAGGAAAAAAUUAAGGAGUACAUCCAAAUAUAUUUAUCAAACAUUAUUUUUGAAUGGUGAAAAUAGUGACGUUAAAAUUUGUGCUCUAGGAGAAGAGUGGAGCUUACACAAAAUAUAUUUAUGUCAAUCUGGCUACUUUUCUAGUAUGUUCAGUGGUUCUUGGAAAGAAUCCAGCAUGAAUGUUAUUGAACUGGAGAUUCCUGACCAGAAUAUUGAUGUAGAAGCACUGCAGGUUGCAUUUGGUUCACUGUAUCGAGAUGAUGUCUUAAUAAAGCCCAGUCGAGUUAUUGCCAUUUUGGCAGCAGCUUGUAUGCUACAGUUGGAUGGUUUAAUACAGCAGUGUGGUGAAACAAUGAAGGAAACAAUUAAUGUGAAAACUGUAUGUGGCUAUUACACAUCAGCAGGGACCUAUGGAUUAGAUUCUGUAAAGAAAAAGUGUCUUGAAUGGCUUCUAAACAAUUUGAUGACUCAUCAGAAUGUUGAACUUUUUAAAGAACUGAGUAUAAGUGUCAUGAAACUGCUUAUUGGUUCAUCUAACUUAUUUGUGAUGCAAGUGGAAAUGGAUGUAUACACAGCUCUUAAAAAGUGGAUGUUCCUUCAACUUGUGCCUUCUUGGAAUGGAUCUUUAAAACAGCUUCUGACUGAAACAGAUGUCUGGUUUUCUAAGAGGAAAAAAGAUUUUGAAGGUAUGGCUUUCCUUGAAACUGAGCAAGGAAAACCAUUUGUAUCAGUAUUCAGAUAUUUAAGGCUACAGUAUAUUAUCAGUGAUUUGGCCUCUGCACGAAUUAUUGAACAAGAUUCUCUAAUACCUCCAGGAUGGCUAUCUUCUGUCUAUAAACAGCAGUGGCUUGCUAUGCUCCGGGCAGAACAAGACAGUGAAGUGGGGCCUCAAGAAAUCAAUAAAGAAGAACUAGAGGCAAACAGCAUGAGGUGUGGUAGAAAGCUUGCCAAAGAUGGUGAAUACUGCUGGCGGUGGACAGGUUUUAACUUCGGCUUUGACCUGCUUGUAACUUACACCAAUCGAUUCAUCAUUUUCAAACGUAAUACACUGAAUCAGCCCUGUAGUGGAUCUGUCAGUUUACAACCUCGAAGGAGCGUAGCAUUUAGAUUACGUUUGGCCUCUUUCGAUAGUAGUGGGAAACUAAUAUGUAGUAGAACAACUGGCUAUCAAAUACUUACACUUGAAAAGGAUCAGGAACAAGUAGUGAUGAACUUGGACAGCAGGCUUCUGAUCUUCCCUUUAUAUAUCUGCUGUAACUUCCUGUAUAUAUCACCAGAAAAAAGAACUGAAAGUAGUCAUCAUCCAGAAAAUUCAGAAAACUGA